AGCCCAGGCGGCCUCCCUGCUGCCCUCCUUCCUCCGCCUCCCACCAGCACCCCAGCCCCUCCUCCGCCAGCAGCCAAGGUGAAAGCGAAAGCUGAAAUUACAAGAAAAGGAAGUCUCCAAGUUAUCUGUGCACAGUCCCCUGGCAGUCCUGCAGGAUCCCGACCCCGGCGCGCCCCUCGUGCCCCUGUCUGCCUCCCCAACCUUUUCAGCCCCGCCCUUCGUCCCACCUGCCGAGACCGGGGCAGCCUCCUCCCCCGCGCUCCGCCGCAGGACCCCGCAGCUCAGGCCAUGCUGCAGGCAGAUUGGAACCCCCAGGGGGGCUUCUCCUUCAAAAACUGCCAGAGAAAUGCAUUUCUGGAGUCUUCCCUAAAGGGACUCCGGGUCCCCCACGCCCGAAAAACCGGUACCACCAUCGCCGGCCUUGUGUUCCAGGAUGGAGUCAUCCUCGGGGCGGACACCCGGGCCACCAAUGAUUCCGUCGUGGCCGACAAGAACUGCGAAAAAAUCCACUUCAUCGCGCCCAACAUCUACUGCUGCGGGGCAGGGGUAGCAGCGGACGCUGAGAUGACCACACAAAUGAUGGCGUCCAACAUGGAGCUCCACGCUUUGUCCACAGGCAGGAAGCCUCGGGUGGUCACCGUCACGCGAAUGCUCCGCCAGAUGCUGUUCCGGUACUGUGGGACCUGCGUGGGGGAGUUAAAACAAUUCUGGAAGAUCUGGGAGGGAGGCAGAGAGAGGGAAUGCUUGGGAUGGGGCUGGAAGAUAAAUGGGUGGGAAGCAAGAGCCCGAGGGAAAUGGGCCGGUUGGGGGAACCGUGAGGUGGGGAGAAGAAAUGAUGAGAUAUCUCCCCACAGCUACCAGGGCCAUAUUGGGGCCUCCCUGAUUGUGGGGGGAGUGGACAUCACAGGCCCCCUUCUCUACAGUGUGCAUCCCCAUGGCUCCUACAGCCGUCUGCUUUUCACUGCUUUGGGCUCUGGACAGGAAGCAGCCAUUUCUGUGCUAGAGGAUCGCUUCAAACCAAAUAUGACGCUGGAGGAAGGGCAGCAGCUGAUAGUGGAGGCUGUGACUGCUGGGAUCCUGGAUGACCUGGGCUCAGGAAGCAACGUGGAUAUGUGUGUGAUCACCCAAGCUGGUGCCAAGAUCCAGAGGGCAGUGAGCACCCCAGCUGUCAUCUCUAAGAGACAGGGCAAGUAUCGCUACCCAAAGGGAACUACAGCAGUGAUGAAGGAGACCGUGACACCUCUGGCACUGGAGAUGAUUGAGGAGACUGUGCAGACAAUGGAGGUGGAGUAAGUGAGCCCCAAGGGUCACGGGGCCCCAUCCAGGAAAUCUCCAGAAAAUAAAAGUUUUUGAAAUGAAC